AGUAUACCACGUCACGCAGGUAGUUGUCACAUCGUAUUGCGAUAUUUUUGUAAGUCUUUAGGGUGUGUGCUUUCUUGAUUCUUGAUGUGUGUUGUGCUACAUAUGUGGAUUAUUAGGUGAUAAAAAAUAACUCAAAUCAAGGAUAGUAAUCACAAACCACAAAGAUGCCGAAAUCGAUGAACGUACGGGUGACGACGAUGGACGCGGAGCUGGAGUUCGCGAUCCAGCACACCACCACGGGCAAGCAGCUCUUCGAUCAGGUCGUCAAGACCAUAGGCCUUCGUGAGGUCUGGUUCUUCGGCCUGCAGUACACAGACUCCAAGGGCGACCUCACGUGGAUCAAGCUCUACAAGAAAGUGAUGCAACAGGACGUGAAGAAGGAGAACCCUCUGCAGUUCAAGUUCCGCGCCAAGUUCUAUCCCGAGGAUGUGGCCGACGAGCUCAUACAGGAGAUCACGCUCAAGCUGUUCUACCUCCAGGUCAAGAACGCGAUCCUGUCGGACGAGAUCUACUGCCCGCCGGAGACGUCGGUGCUGCUCGCGUCGUACGCGGUGCAGGCGCGACACGGCGACUACAACGCGGCGCUGCACGGGCCCGGCUUCCUGGCCAACGACCGCCUGCUGCCGCAGCGGGUCACCGAUCAGCACAAGAUGUCGCGCGAGGAGUGGGAGCAGAGCAUCACCAACUGGUGGCAGGAGCACCGUGGCAUGCUGCGCGAGGACGCCAUGAUGGAGUAUCUGAAGAUCGCGCAGGACCUGGAGAUGUACGGAGUCAAUUACUUCGAGAUCCGCAACAAGAAAAACACGGAGCUGUGGCUGGGGGUCGACGCGCUCGGCCUAAACAUCUACGAGAAAGACGACAAGUUGACUCCGAAGAUCGGGUUCCCGUGGUCGGAGAUCCGCAACAUCUCGUUCAACGACCGCAAGUUCAUCAUCAAGCCCAUCGACAAGAAGGCGCCCGAUUUUGUGUUCUUCGCGCCGCGUGUGCGCGUCAACAAGCGCAUCCUGGCCUUAUGCAUGGGAAACCAUGAGCUGUACAUGCGGCGCCGCAAGCCCGACACCAUCGACGUGCAGCAGAUGAAGGCGCAGGCUCGCGAGGAGAAGCUGGCCAAGCAGGCGCAGAGGGAGAAACUUCAAUUAGAGAUCGCGGCUAGGGAGAGAGCAGAAAAGAAACAACAAGAGUACGAGGACCGCUUGAGACAGAUGCAAGAGGAGAUGGAGCGGUCACAGGCGAACCUGGUCGAAGCCCAGGAGAUGAUCAGACGGCUGGAGGAACAACUGAAGCAGCUCCAGGCUGCCAAGGACGAGCUAGAGCAGCGCCAGAAUGAACUGCACGAGAUGAUGCAACGUCUGGAGGAGACCAAGAACAUGGAGGCAGCUGAACGACAGAAGCUAGAAGACGAGAUCCGCAGCAAGCAGGAGGAGGUGUCCCGUAUCCAGCAGGAGGUGGAGGAGAAGGACACGGAGACGAGGCGCUUGCAGGAGGAAGUGGAAGAAGCGCGCCGCAAGCAAGACGAGGCCGCGGCACUGCUUCUGGCGGCCACCACGCCGCAGCACCACCACGUGUCGGAGGGAGGCGACGAGGCUGGCUCCGGGGGCUCGGGCUCCGACGCGGGCUCCGAGCACGGCGGCGGAGAACUGACGCGCGCGCCCGAUGACCUGGUGGACCCUCUGGCGGAGAGACGCACGCUGGCCGAGCGCUCGGAGCGGCUGCACAGCCAGCUCAAGGCUUUGAAACAAGACCUGGCCCAGUCACGUGACGAGACGAAGGAGACGGCCAUGGACAAGAUCCACCGGGAGAACGUGCGGCAAGGACGCGACAAGUACAAGACGCUGCGCGAGAUCCGUAAGGGCAACACCAAGCGGCGCGUCGACCAGUUCGAGAACAUGUAGGCGGCGCCCGCCCACUCUGUACUCGCCCUUAUAAUUCCACGUGCACUCUUACGCGCAUAUUCGUCUCCACAUCAUACUUACCAACCGUCUUCCGAAUCAGGUGGUUCUCAAUGACUUAUUUUAUAUUUAUUGUACUUAAUAAACCUGUACUAUGUGAAUGUGUGAAGUAAAAAAUAGUGUUUAAAUUUAAAAUGGUUGAAAUUAGAAUGUGUAAGGACACGCGUGAAGUUAUAGGUGGCCGAGUGACAUGUCGAGCUUGUGUUAGGUAAAGACGGCGUUCGUUAGUUACAAUAGUGUCCGCUGCGUUGUUGAACCGACAAUGCCAAAAGUUACAGGAACCGAAUGUUAUGGUACAUCUUAACAUUAUUUUAUAUAAAUUUUAUUAUUCAGAUAUUAAAAGAUUAGUUGUUUCCAAGCUGGGCCACAAAAAGAUAUUUGUGUUCAGAAUGAGCACCAAACCUUAAGAACAGUAUGGCAUUAUAUCGUUUGAGAACAUAUGUUCUUUGUUGAUAAGUCUUAAAAUUAGUCAUUGGCAUAUCACAUAUGUUUAAAUAUAUAAUUGUAAUUAUUAUGUAUCACAUCAUGUAACAGUUAUGUAAGUAUUAUCAAAACUAUCUUUAAACCUUUGGUAUUGGUGGACUGUAUCAGUCAAUUUAUGACACACAUAUUGUUGUAUGUGGUGUAAUCGUUCAUCUGUGAUAUACAUAUUGGUGUAUCAGUCAAUAUAAAAUAUACAUAUAGUUGUACCAAUGCAUACCAGUCCGUACACUUAUGUUUGGAUGUGCCACAAUGUGUCGGUUCAUACACCGUCCAAUAGCCAACUGAGGUCCGAUGUAAAGUAUUGUAGGUGCUCACCUGUUUUGAGUCAAACGAAUCCGUCGCCGCUUUAUGUAAAUAUUUAUAAUUAUUACUUAAUGGUAACAUUAUGUUAGACUUAUGUGCUAUAUUCGGUUAUGAAUAUCUGAGCUACCGUUGAGCUGCUGAAUGAAGAGCACACCGUUAUAUUAUUAUUAAUUUUUUAAGCAAUUUGGAAUUUUAUUCAAUUUAACAUAAGCGGGAAGAAUUGUGAGUCAUUUUAAACGCUGUGUGCUUUCGUUGAUUUUUUAAUUCAUGUUAGUUAUGUAGUCGGCCCGUUGGUUAUAUUAGUGUGUAUAUGGGGAGCGAAGUGUUAUGUGCGGGGCCUUUCUAUCAAUAAUAUAUACAUUAUAUAUUUUUAAACUAUACUUAAAUCGUGUUGAGUCUGAAAGCGCUAUAAUUGUAAUAGAUUUAAAAAGCCGGGUCUCGCCUCGAGUUUCGACCAAGUCUAUGAUUAUUAUUACUCUUUCAUACUCAACAAAUUUAAAUGCUACUAUACAAUAAAUAUAGUAAAACAGAAAUGCACUUGAUACUUUCGUAAAUACUUUUCCAAUUUUAUACAAAAUUUGUAUCGUGUGAAACACCCUUUGUAGUAUAAUAUUGAUAUGAUAUAUCGUACGUUAGCGUUGCUCAAAAGUGAACCAAGUGCCCGGGGGUGGGGGGGUCAGCCGGGGGCGACGGCCCUUAUUUAUUUUUAUAAUCAUUUAUAUUUUAGAUUUAGGAGUCAAUUUAGCAUCAAGUGUAAUUAUUCGUUUCCUAAUGUUCCCUUCCUUCAUAACUGAUAUUAUAUUGUCUGCGAUGAUCGCGUUGUAUAUUUGUUAAGGCCCCGAUACACGGGCGAGCUAUUAACCGUGAUUCAUCGCGAGCUCGCCCGUGCAUCAAGGUUUUAUUUUAAUUGGUUACAUAUUACGGCCUAUUUUGAACUUUUGAACAAAAUUAAAAAGGAAUACUGAUAAUAUAUUAUAAUAGUAUGCUUAAAUGAUGUGUAUAAUUAAUUUUAAGUGAGUAAACGGCAUUCCAAUAAGUUACAAUGUGGUGGCGUUUUUUGUUUUUUUGAUGAAAUUGUUAUAGUUUCUGUAAUAGUAAGUGCCAUCCGUUGAUGUCUCCUAAUUAGAAGCGGGGGCGGGGGGAGAGACAGUCUGAGCCCGCCCAGCCCCGCCCUAUCGAUUCAUUCACAAAAUUUAUACAAUACCACGUCGUUGCCUUUCAUGUCUAGGACGAAAAAUUUUUCCAAUAAAAUGUUUAAGUAA